CAAGACUCCACCUCUUCCGGUUGACCCGGAGGGAAGUGGAGACGUAUGUAGUAGGCGGUGGCAUUCUUAAAAUGGCUGCGCCCGAGGUGUUGCCGUUAACUGAGAAACCCAACCAUAAGAAGUACCGAGCUGCUCUGAAGAAGGAGAAACGCCGCAGAAGGCGUCAGGAGCGAGCUAAGUUGAGAGACUCAGGACUGUCACAGAAGGAUGAAGAGGAAGAUGAAUCCAUUGUUGAACAACUGGAAGAAGAGGAAAAACAGUUAGAAGCUGAAAGGCAAAAAUUACAUGAGGAGUGGUUGCUGAGAGAACAGAAGGCUCAAGAAGAAUUUAAAGUAAAGAAGGAAAAGGAAGAAGCAGCAAAAAGACGACAAGAAGAAGAAGAGAGAAAGAUCAAAGAAGAAUGGGAAGAACAACAAAGGAAAGAGAAACAGGAAGAAGAACAGAGACAACAGGAGAAGAGAGACAGAGAGGAAGCUGUGCAGAAGAUGCUGGAUCAGGCUGAAAGUCAGUUGGAAAAUGGUGUCACAUGGCACAAUCCAGAACCACCAGUGGAUUUAAGAGCAACAGAGAAAGAUCAAGCUAAUUGUCCAUUCUACAUUAAGACGGGAUCUUGCCGAUUUGGAGAUAGGUGUUCACGUAAACAUAAUUACCCAACAUCUAGUCAAACACUUCUUAUUAGAAGUAUGUUUAUAACAUUUGGAAUGGAGCAGUGCAGACGGGAUGACUAUGAUACUGAUGCGAGUCUGGAGUACAGCGAGGAGGAAACCUAUCAGCAGUUCCUAGAUUUCUAUGAAGAUGUACUUCCAGAAUUCAAGAAUGUGGGAAAAGUUAUUCAAUUCAAGGUCAGCUGCAACUUUGAACCUCAUCUAAGAGGAAAUGUAUAUGUGCAGUAUCAGUCGGAGGAAGAAUGUCAGGCAGCCUUCUCUCUAUUCAAUGGACGAUGGUAUGCAGGACGACAGCUUCAGUGUGAAUUCUCACCAGUAACACGGUGGAAAAUGGCUAUUUGUGGUUUAUUUGGAAGGCAAAAGUGUCCAAGGGGGAAGCACUGUAACUUUCUCCAUGUAUUCAGAAAUCCCAAUAAUGAAUUUUGGGAAGCUAAUAGAGACAUACAUAUGUCCCCAGAUCGGAGUAAUACAUCAUUUGGUAAAAACUCAGAAAGGAGAGAGAGGACAGGUUACCAUGAAGAAUAUUAUAGCAGAUCGAGGAGACGGCGAAGUCCUAGUCCAGAUCAUUCUUAUAAAAGAAAUGGGGAAUCUGAGAGGAAGAAAAGUAAUCACCAUAGGAGUAAGAAAAAAUCUCAUAAGCAUUCCUCAAAAAGUCAUGAAAGGCGACGCUCAAGGAGUCGAGGAAGAAAGAGGGAUCGGAGUCGGAGAAGCAGGAGCCAGAGUAGAGGCCGAAGAAGCCAAAGCAAAAGUACAUCCAGGUCUAGGAGUCGGGACCGAAAGAAGUCAACCAGCAGAGACAGAAAUACUUAAAUCAUAAACAAAAUAUAUUUUUUUAUACUAAGACAUAUUGAUCUCCAAAAUGUAUAUGUUAGAGCUGCCAGUUAUUUUUCUCAAUUUAAACCAGCUUUUCAGAUCUAGAAUUAUCCUGUAUUAUAUAAUUGCAAUUCCAAAGUUAGUUUUUCAACCAGAAUUACUAAAGGUGUUUUAAAACUCAGUUUGACAGAGUCUUGACACUUAAAAACAGAAAACUCCCUGUAUUCCCUCCAACUUGUAAACUGGAUCUUUUCUAGCUGUAUUCCCUUGUAAUAAAUACUUGGUUAUUUAAGGUAGACUGAAACUGAAUCAUUUCCACUGUAGCUAGUGAAUAUUCUUGUUUACAGGAGUACUAGUAACAUAAAUGUCAUUUAUAAUAGACUGAACAAGAGAAAGAGAUGAUAAAAGUUGAAAAAGGGAAACAUAAUUUUUUUUGUCUUAAUGCAGUAGCAUGCAUGAGCUUUAAAAUGGAAGUGCUGCUUUUGGUUUUCUAAUUAGGAAAAGCUUUUUUCUUGUAAGACACACAGCUUUAUUCCUGUUAAUAUUUCAAGGUAGAAAAGGUAACUAGGAAAUUUGACAAGGAUGAGACCUGUAAAAUGGUUUACAUUAAAAAAGAGAAAAUGGAGAAGUGGUUAUUUUAAAAGUUGAAUAUGGGAUGGAAGAGUUUUUAACUUAACCUUCUGUGAAAGGAAUCUAAGUGGUGAACCAUACUGCUGAUGAUCUAGCUUUUUUCUGCAGCAGGAUUGUUCACCCUUACUGAAAAUGCUCUAAUAGUUUUUACUAGAAAACUAUUUUGUAAUUGACUUUUCAAUAAUGAGUUAUGUAUAUGACUAUUUCUUCCAAAUAAGUAUACAUACAUGAUUAAAUGUGAAACCUAUAAUUUUGUCUUGACAUGCUAUGAAAAUAAAGCUAGCUAUUUGAUCUGGAAAUGGUUUUAGAGAUAACUUAAUAUUAAAUAUUAUCAAAGAAAUACUUUCUCUGCUCUUUUAUUCUCCCACCCCACCUCCAAUUAACAGUAAAUUAUACUUUAAAAAAUAACUUCAUUUUUGAACUGGUAGUUUAAAAAUCUUUUCCAGAUCUGUUUUCUAGUGUGUGAUCAUUAAUCUUUUCCUUGAUUAAAUUUUCUUCAAGGAAGGUCUAGUCUUGCUUGAGGUAUCAACCAGGGCUGAUGAAUUUGAUAACAGCUGUUUGCUUUUCAGACAUCCUGGCCCAAACUAAUUUAUUUAAUGCCUGUACAAAAUGGAAAUCACUUUUCUACUUUAAGGAUCUGUGGUUUCUAUUGAUACAAACAGUAAGUCCUUUUAUAUCUUGAGUAGAUAGUUUUAAUAAGUUGCUUCUCUGAAGUCUUUCCAGUGUAGCAGAAAUGUAGAAUUUGUAUUCUGCUGGCAUGGUUUUCAAGAAUCCUGAGGUUUUUUAUAAGGAUUGUAGAAUUUUCCAAACAUGGCAAAACUGAACAAAAAGCUAUUAUGAUUCUGAUUUCUGAAAAGCAUCACAAAAUCUAAUUAUCCUUAAUAUUUAAAAUACAAGCUCUUUUUUAUUUAUCUGGAAUAAAUGCUGGUGUAAAGAUGGCUUUUUCAGAAAGGAGCACAGAAUAAGUUUAAAUGUUGCUAUUUAUUGUUUUGUAAAAUAAAUGUAAAUAAUUCAGAGAGUGCUGUAGUUGCAUUCUUUUUAAUAAAAAGUGUUUUGUGUGUACAAUUAA